CUAGUGCCAACAGUGGAGGCUGGUUGUUCCUGCAUUGACAGGCUGCAACCAGCAGUCAGUGUGCAGACACUGAAGCUGGCACACACAUACACACACAUACAUACAAACACACACACCAUGAGGCUGCUGCCAGCUACUGUUACACUGUCACUAACCGUGGCAAUCGCUUACUAUGUUUACAUCCCGCUGCCUGAUUCCAUCCAGGAGCCCUGGAGGCUGAUGAUGCUGGAUGCUGGUUUCCGAACAACGAUGCACCUGGCCUCUUUAAAAGCUUGGCUAGGCUUUGAUCAUUACAUCAAGUCCAUCAGGCAGUCGUCAGAAGGUUUUGAUGGCAUGAUGCAGGGGCUGGACAGAUCUGAGUCUGAAGGAGGGGUCAUGCUCGGGGUUAAAGUCAGCGACAUCACGUUCGCCGGCGUCCCUGUCCGUGUGUACGAGCCCCCCGCUGGAGGGGAGGGUCAUCUGAGGAGAGGGUUGAUGUAUAUCCACGGAGGAGGCUGGGCCCUCGGCAGUACCAAGAAGGGGUCAUAUGAUCUAAUCAACCGGAUGUUGUCGGACGAGCUCAACACCGUUGUGGUCUCUGUUGAGUAUCGUCUGUAUCCAGAGGUGCAUUUCCCAGUGCCAUAUUUAGACUGCCUCGCUGCUGCCAAACACUUCCUGUCUCCAGAGAUUCUGGCCCGGUAUGCUAUCGACCCGGAGCGCAUAGCUGUGGCCGGCGACAGUGCCGGGGGAAACCUGGCUGCUGCGGUCGCUCAGGAGAUUUCAACAGAUGACACUAUGAGUGUGAAAUUCAGCGUCCAGGUGUUGAUCUACCCCGUGCUCCAGGCUCUGGACUUCAACACGCCGUCCUACCUGCAGAACCAAAACAUUCCCAUCCUCUACCGGCCCCUCAUGGUCCGCUUCUGGCUGCAGUACUUCGGUGCUGAUGUGUCCCUGCUGCCCCAGCUGCUGGCGAACAACCACAGCUCCUUACACCACUCAAACAUCACUCCAGAGCUGCGGGCGCGGGUAGACUGGACCGUCCUUCUGCCCUCGAAACACAAAAAGAACUACAAGCCUUUGGUUGUGGAGAAAGGUUCACAGGGAGCGGCAAAGGAGGUGCCGGGGCUCCUGGAUGUGAGGGCGUCUCCGCUGUUAGCAGGACCCGAGGUUUUGGCUAAAACCCCCCGAGCGUACUUCCUAACAUGCGAGCAUGACGUGUUGAGGGACGAUGGUUUGAUGUACGCACGGCGCUUACAGGACUCGGGCGUCACGGUCACCAUCGAUCACUAUGAGGACGGCUUCCACGGGUGUUUCAGCUUCAUUACCUGGCCGCUGGAAUUUGAUGUAGGGAAGAGAGCAGUCAGAGGUUACCUCGACUGGCUGCAGAACAACUUGUGAGAGAGUGAGUGAUCCAGUGAUCGAGUGAUCGAGUGAGUGAGUGAGUGUUUCACUGAUACAAAUGCACUAGUCCUUGCUUUAUGAAUCAUACAAGGGCUAACACAUCUAGUUGGCAGCAGAGAAGGGCACAUAUUUUAACAUUAAGAUGGCUAACACUGUGACCAGCUUACAAACAUACUCAAAUUCACAGCCACAAGCUUUUCAAUGACUUUUUAAGCCACACCACAAACAAUUAAGCCAUAUAUUUCACAAUGAUUUUAAUUUGUUUUAUAUUUAACUUUCAUUUAAACUGCUUGAUGCACCUUUUUUCCCCGAUAGAAAUGUAAUUAUGGGUCCCAACAAUUAACUUUUUGUCCCUCACUUUGGUCCAGACUGAAAGAUCUCAAACUAUUAUAUGGAUUACCAUGAAAGGUUGUAAACACGGGAUACAUCCUAAUGACUUAAGUGGUUCUCUGACCUUUAGCGGCACCACAAAAUUGACAUUUUUGUUUUUGAGUGAAAUGUGAUGACAACUAUCAUCCUUCAUGAGUUAUUUAAUAUAACUUGGGUGAUCUCCUAACUUUAAAUUAUCGGGUUAAAAUUUGAAUGUGCCCCAAAAAAUGAUUUUUUCUGUGUUCUCAAAAUGUAGAAAACACAACUUGUGCUCCCUGCACUACAAGAAGUAAUGUCCCCCAAUAAUGUCUUCCCUUACAAAUUCCUUGACAAUCAAUGUUAAAAAUGCACUACUACUUAGUUUAUCCCAUGUGUCAUUCACAUUGUGUUUAACUUACGGGACACUUUGUAUCAGAACAUGCACUUACUAUAAAAUCAAUGUUUUGUGAUUUAAAUGCCUGAAUGCACUUAUUAAACUUGAAUGAAUCACC